AUGCGGGAAACAUUUAUAUCAAUUCUCGCGUUGCUUGCCAUUGCUCCCUGCGCGAAAUGUUCCGAUGUCGGCAAGGACGGCUUCAAUUUCUAUAAAGAUUACUUGCGUGCACGGACUGAUGACGUCAUGUCGGAAGGACCUGCAUCUGGGGAGCGCAUGUUAUACUUCUACCGGACUCCCCUAUCGCUGUAUCCCGGUCUUCUUCCAGCCGUUGAGCAAGAGUACAGGAAGAGAACUGGGAACGCAUUCAAGAAUCACAUGUUAAGUAAGGAGCUCUGGUCUGGCGAUUCUUUGGGCAAACGUGGUUCUAAAACUGCCAUCUCUCUCAUCAUGCAAGGGAAACAUCCCUACUAUGCUACCGAGAGUCCUCGCGUAGACAACAAUAUGGAGCCUGUAGAGUAG